AUGCCAGUCCUGUUCACCAUGAUGAGCAAUAUCGAAGAGGAACUUCUCGAAUCUCGAAUCAACUAUGAGGAAAUGUCCAACCUCAUGUGGAAGGACCUCGUCAGUGAGGGCGGAAAAGUCCGCAGAACUCGACGACAAACGUAUAAAGCACAACCCGUGGAGCCGGAAGCAGUUCCCUAUUCAGAAAAGGCAAAGGUUGCACCAGCGGUAGCGGUACACAGUCCAGCUAGAAAGCAGCAACUAGUAUGUCCUGCAGGACCAAAGGGCGCACCAGGACACAAAGGGCCUGAUGAGAAGCAGCGCUUUGAUCUGCAAAGGCCCCAGUCCUCGAUCGGGAGAGAUGCGGACCACCGAGACACCUGCGAGACGCAGGGUCUGCUUGAGAAGCGAGACGACAUGGUACCUGGACCUCAAGGAGCACCUGGACCAGUGGGUGCACGAGGUGACGCAGGGCCUGACGGUAUUCCUGGUCCUGCUGGAAGACCUGGAGGAAAUGGAGCCGACGCAGAAUACUGUCAAUGCCCUGAUAGAUCCAAGAAGCCGACAGGAUCUAUGAUCUCAUGCCAUGCCGUUUGA